CAGUCGCUUUCUAGCAGACCUCGUGUUCAGUGAGAAAGAUAAUUAAAGUGAGUUUCGCCAUGGCCUUCGUCUUGUUACUUCUUUCCGCGGUGAUUUUGUGGUUUUGCUACAAGUACGCGUACGCAAAUGAGAAUUUCUUCAAGGGACGUGGAGUUAAAUUCAUCAAACCUCUACCUUUCUUCGGGAGCUCCUUUGGAUUUAUCACCAACAAGGAGAACCUCAUCAGUUUUGUUAACAAAAUUUGCAAGAAUUUUCGAAAUGAAAAGGUCUUCGGUGUGUUCGAUUUCAGAACUCCAAUUUUAGUUAUUCGUGAUCCAGAAAUGUGUAAAAAUUUGGCAAUCAAAGAAUUCGAUCACUUCACUGAUCAUCUGAACAUUAUCCCGGAUGAUUUUGAGCCAAUGUUUAGUUCGUCUCUAUUCCUGCUCGGCGGGCAUAAAUGGCGCGAAAUGAGAACAACCUUAAGUCCUGCUUUUACAGGCAGCAAAAUGCGUCUCAUGUGUGACUUUGUUGUUGAAAUCUGCGAGCAAACGGUGGCAUACGUAAAGAAGGAAGCACAGGAAGCUCCAAAACCCAAUGAAGUGAGGGAACUUUUCACCAGAGUUGCCGCUGACAUGAUCGGAACGUGUGCUUUUGGCAUCAAAGUUGAUUCUUUGAACGACAAGAAAAAUAUGUUCUUCGAAAGCGCCAAUGCUAUGUUCGAUCCAGCAUCAUUCAGCCUAACUCUUAAAGUUAUUGCCGCAAGAACAGUUCCAUGGUUACUGAAGUUGCUGAGAAUUAACUUAUUCGACGAAAAAUAUCGAGGCUUUCUUAAAAAUCUUGUUCUGGAAAAUAUGAAGACUCGUCAGGAGAAGAAUAUCGUUCGUCCGGAUAUGAUCAAUCUCCUGAUUGAGGCGCAAAAAGGCACUCUUGAAAAUGCAUCAUCAGAAUAUGAUUCUGCUGGAUUUGCGACAGUCGAAGAGGCACAAAUGAAACCGGUUGCUAAGAAAACUUCCUGGACAGAAGAUGAGAUUGUUGCGCAAUGUUUUAUCUUCUUUCUGGCUGGUUUUGAUACAUCUUCAACGAUUUUAUCUUUUGCGGCGUAUGAAAUCGCUAGAUAUCCUCAAGUGCAAGAGAAGUUAUACCAAGAAGCCAAGAUGAUCCGUGACGAAUUAAAAGGAAAACCCAUCAAAUAUGAAACUCUGCAGAAGAUGAAGUAUUUGGACAUGGUCGUUUCUGAAACGCUUCGUAUGUGGCCUGUGGCACCAUUCGUUGAUCGCAUGUGCACUAAAGAAUUCACGAUGGAAUACGAUAAGGGCAAGAAAUACACUUUCCACAAAGGAGAAACUUUAUGGAUUCCAAUUGGUGACUUUCACUUCAACCCAGAAUACUUUCCCGACCCGAACAAAUUCGACCCUGAGCGUUUCAGCGAUGAGAACAAAUAUUUGAUCAAUCCAAAUACUUAUCUUCCCUUCGGCAUUGGACCCAGGAAUUGUAUCGGGUCUCGUUUUGCCUUAAUGCAAAUAAAAUCCCUGCUCUACUCCCUCAUCGUGAAUUUCCAUUUCGAUUUAUCGGACAAAACCGAGGUCCCUCUGGUUUUGGCCGGUUCAGCUGUCGGACUUAAGGCUCGAUCUGGCGUCUGGAUUAAAUUCCGUCUCAGGGAGUAGAUUAUUGAGGAAAAAUAUGGCACAAUCCCGAGAAAAAUCGUCUCCAAUGUUUCACUGUAAAAAUGUUUCGUGAAUUUUGGAUAAUACAAUUGCAAUGCUUCACUGGUCGGUUGAAGAAUUUGCAGAAAUUUCUUUACUAAUAAUUUCUGAACUUGUUUUUGGAAAUUAUUAUAAAGAAGAUCCAUGCGAGACUGCAUGGAAUGCACGAAGGAGAAAAACAACGAGUUUUAUCAAGAUGUUCAUAUCUUAGUCUUAUCUUUGAAUACAUUGCUUAAUUGUAAAAAUGUCAUCUAAAAAUAUUUGUGGUAUAAUAAA